AUGAGGAACAAGCAGGUGAUCCUGAGAGACACCGUCUCCGGCUUCCCCAAAGAAUCUGACAUGCAAGUGACCACUGGCAGUACAGAGCUGAAGCUUCCAGAAGGUUCUUCGAGUGGUGCGGUUUUGGUGAAGAACCUCUACUUGUCCUGCGAUCCAUAUAUGAGGGGCCGUAUGACCAAGCGCCAUCCCGGCGACAGUUAUGUCAACUCCUUCAACCCCGGUUCGCCUUUAACUGGAUAUGGAGUGGCUAAAGUUCUGGAAUCUGGCGAUCCCAAGUUUAAGCAAGGCGACUUCGUUUGGGGAAUUACCGGGUGGGAAGAAUAUAGUGUCAUCACUGCAACAGAGGCCCUGUUUAAGAUUCACAACACCGAUGUCCCUCUCUCUUAUUAUACUGGAAUUCUGGGUAUGCCUGGAAUAACUGCUUAUGCUGGUUUUUAUGAGGUUUGCUCUCCUAAGAAAGGAGAGACAGUCUACGUUUCAGCAGCAUCUGGAGCAGUAGGUCAAUUAGUUGGGCAAUUUGCAAAGUUGUUGGGUUGCUAUGUUGUUGGGAGUGCUGGAAGCAAAGAAAAGGUUGAUUUGCUGAAGAACAAGUUUUGUUUUGACGAGGAUUUCAACUAUAAAAACGAACCUGACCUUGAUGCAGCUUUGAAAAGGUACUUCCCUGAAGGAAUCGAUAUAUACUUUGAUAAUGUUGGGGGAAAGAUGAUUGAUGCAGUGCUACUAAACAUGAGGAUGAAUGGCCGAAUUGCAGCUUGUGGGAUGAUCUCACAGUACAACCUGGAGCAGCCUGAAGGUGUACACAAUUUAAUGUCUCUGAUCAUGAAACAGGUCCACUUGAAGGGCUUCCUGUUUCUUGAAACGGUUCUGCCUGCCAUAAAAGAAGGGAAGAUAACCUACGUGGAAGAUGUAGCUGAAGGCCUUGAGGGCGCUCCAGCAGCUCUGAUCGGGCUCUUUGCAGGCAACAAUGUCGGCAAGCAGCUGGUUGUAGUUUCCCGAGAGUGA